AUGCUCAACGGCUCAACGGCUCAACGCAGGUUCGCGUGGCCCCGCGAAGCGCUGCAGCCGGUGCCUGUGGAACGCUCACCCAUCUGGGACCACCCAGAGGAAUUGGAACCCUUGAAGCAGUACACCUUUCGGGAGGUAUCGAGGUCUCCAGGUAAAGCCCUGGAUGUUGCACAGUUGGACGCGUACCGAGAAGAUGGCUUCCUGCUGAAUCUUCCGGUCCUCUUGGGUGAAGCCUUGGCCACGGCACGGGAAGACUUCAACCAGCUGCUGCUGGAGCGAACCGAGCGCGCAGCUGAUGAAGAUGCCAAAUUUCGUGCAGCCCAUACCUUGGCUCGGCCACUGCACCAGGACCUGGUGCAGCGCUUGGCGAGGCAUGAAAGGGUGCUGCACAUCGUUGAGGCCUGGCGAUGCCUGCUGAGAAGAUACGUGCUUCGCAGGAUAUCCUCGGGUGCGGGGGCUUGGGGUUUGGUGAUCCAGGUGGAAACAGCGCGGAAUGGUUCGUCUUUUGGACAGUUUUAG